CAGGAGGAUAGGAGACGAAUUGCUCCAUAAAGUUCAUGACUGAUGGAAUUUUGCUUCGGGAACUGCAGAAUGAUUUUCUUUUAAGGCGUUACUCGAUCUUAAUCUUGGAUGAGGCUCAUGAGAGGAGUUUGAACACUGAUAUACUUAUCGGUAUGCUUUCUCGUAUAGUAAGAGAGCGUCAGAGAGAAUAUGAGGAGCAACAGAAAAAAGUUCUUUCAAGACAAACGGUAAGCCCCGAAGAGAGAGUAUAUCCACUGAAACUUGUGCUGAUGAGUGCUACACUUCGAGUUGAGGACUUUAUAUCUGGGCAAAAAAUUUUCCGUGAUCCUCCGCCUGUAAUGGAAGUCCCCACUCGCCAAUACCCAGUUACUGUUCAUUUCUCCAAGAGAACUGAGAUGGUGGACUAUGUCGGCCAAGCAUAUAAGAAAAUAUUGUCAAUUCACAAGAGAUUGCCACCUGGUGGUAUACUUGUAUUUGUGACAGGGCAAAGGGAAGUUGAAUACUUGUGUCAGAAGCUGCGCAAAGCUUCUAAGGAGAUAGUUGAGAGAGCUUCCAAAGUGGAUAAUCAGACGUCUUUGAUAUCUGAAGGGAAUACCAUCGAGGAAAAUGUUAUCAAGGAGAUAAGUGAGGCAUUUGAUGAUGAAAGGAGUUCUAUGACUGAGAUAGCUGAACAUUUUAAUUCCUAUGAUGAGGAUCACGGGGAGAUGUAUGAAUAUGAAUCAGAAAUUUCCUACGAUUCAGCAGAUGAUAGUGAUUUGGAUGUUUAUGGUGAUGAUGCACAGUUGUUAAACCAGAAGUCUCUGAGCUCUGAUGGUAAGUUAGAUGUUUUAGGUGAGGAGGGAAGCCUUACAUCACUGAAGGCUGCUUUUGAAGCUUUGGCUGGUAAAAGGACAUCACAACCUGAUUCUGGCGAACAGGAAGGAGCUUCAAAUGAAUCUGAACCUCUCUUAAGUAAGGUUAGGAAUGGGGCUAAUGGAACCUUUGCUGGUCCGAUGUGUGUUUUACCUCUUUAUGCUAUGCUUCCUGCAUCUGCACAGCUUCGCGUGUUUGAAGAGGUCAAGGAAGGAGAACGCCUAGUUGUUGUUGCCACUAAUGUGGCUGAAACCUCAUUGACAAUUCCCGGUAUUAAAUAUGUGGUUGACACAGGCAGAGAAAAGGUCAAAAAGUACAACUCUUCCAAUGGUAUGGAAGCUUAUGAAAUACAAUUUAUAAGUAAGGCUUCAGCUGCUCAGCGUGCAGGAAGGGCUGGAAGAACAGGUCCUGGGCACUGUUAUCGGCUUUAUUCUUCUGCAGUCUUCAAUGACAUGUUCUUUGACUUCUCAAAUGCAGAAAUAUUGAAAGUACCAGUUGAUGGCGUUGUCCUACUUCUGAAGUCCAUGCAUAUUGAUAAGGUUGCUAACUUCCCUUUCCCAACUCCACCUGAGCUAACUACCUUAGUUGAAGCAAAACGUUGCUUAAUGGUUCUUGAAGCACUUGAUAGCAAAGGAAGACUGACACCUUUAGGGAAGGCCAUGGCACAAUAUCCUAUGAGUCCUCGCCACUCCCGUAUGCUCCUUACAGUAAUCCAAAUUAUGCAAAAGGUGAAAGAUUAUUCCCUCGCAAAUAUAGUCUUGGCUUAUGCAGUUGCAUCAGCAUCAACUUUGAGCUUGUCAAAUCCUUUCCUUAUGGAGUUUGAAGGAAACUACAAAGAUCCAGAUGGCUUGAAACAGGAUGAGAAACCAGGCUCAGUGGAAAGCGAGCGAGACUUGGGAAAAGAGGAAAGAAUGAGGAUAAAAAAGCUGAAAGAAACUGCUAAAGUGUCUCGUGCAAAAUUUUCAAACCCCACUAGUGAUGUUCUAACAGUAGCAUAUGCUCUACAAUGUUUUGAACUUUCUGGUAAACCACUGGAAUUCUGCAAUGACAACACCUUAAAUUUUAAAACAAUGGAGGAAAUGUCCAAGUUGAGGCGGCAGCUCAUUAAUCUUGUCUUUAACUCCAAAUUAUGUGAUUCGCAGCAAGAUUUCUCAUGGCGUCACGGGACUUUGGAAGAUGUAGAAUGUGCUUGGAGGGUUCCUUCGAACAAAUGCCCUCUUCAACUGAAUGAGGAGGAGAUUUUGGGCCAAGCUAUUUGUGCUGGCUGGGCUGACAGGGUUGCUAAACGCAUUAAAAAUGUUUCAUCCUUAUCGGAAUCUGACAGAAAAGUUCAUGCUGUUCAGUAUCAGGCUUGCUUGGUAAAAGAAAUUGUAUUCCUCGGUCGACGGUCAUCUAUUUCAAAAUCUGCCCCCGAAUAUUUGGUCUACACUGAACUACUGCAUUCAAAAAGACCAUUCAUCCAAGGUGAAACUAGCGUGAAAGAGAAUUGGCUUGUUAAAUAUGCUCCAUCCUUGUGCAGUUUUUCUGCACCUCUCUCAGAUCCAAAACCUUAUUACGACCCACUGAAUGACCAGGUCCUCUGUUGGGUCAGUCCAACUUUUGGUCCUCAUCUAUGGAGGCUCCCUCUGCAUAGUUUGCCAAUCGAAAAUGAUAUGAGCUGGGUGGCAGUAUUUGCUUGUUCCUUGCUUGAAGGCAAAGUUCUGCCAUGCUUAAAAUCUGUACAGAAAUUCUUGGCAGCCUCGCCAGCUAGCAUUUUGAAGCCUGAGGCAUCAGGUCAUAAGCGGGUUGGUAAUCUUUUAAACAAGAUGAGGACCAAGAAGAGAACGAUUGAUAGUUGUGCCAUGCUAAGGAAAUUGUGGGAUGAUAAUCCUCGAGAAUUGUUUUCAGAAAUUUUGGAUUGGUUUCAGCAGGGAUUUCAAGACCAUUUUGAAGACCUUUGGGCAAAGAUGCAACUUGAAGUAUUUUUAGACCCAAAAAAACGGCUUUCCAAGAAGGUCAAGAGAGAAAGGAACCCAUUAACUUUCUAUGAUUAGGAAUAUUAUAUGCCUUUCAGAAUCUCUCUCUGCUUAUUUUGGAUGAUAUGAGCUCCUUUGGCAUGUUCUCACAGGCAUAAUAUCUCUUUCCAAAAAUUGUUGGUUUGCCACAUUUUGAUUACUGUUUCUGAUUUGUACUGCUAGGUUUUUGUAAUGACAUCAUUGUAUGCCUCCAAGCUACUGCAUCAUCUAAUGUCUUGUAUAUUGAUCUCCAUGAAUGAUUUCAAAAAAUUGAUUUGGAUCCAAAUGCGAUGUUCUUGUUUCUAGUAUCCUUCAGGCAGACGAAACUUGUAAAGAUGAAAGCUUUUAAAGAAUUUCUUGUGA